UUGGGACUGUUUCAGUGGCUAUAUAUAGACGGUGCAAUUGCAGGCGAGCAACAUUUUCAAUCUUCAGCAACGUAUAGUUCAGCAAUGUUAGCAUUUCGCUUGUGCCUGGUUUUGGGCUUGUUUGCCCUCGCUCACACUAUCCCGCUUUCGGACUUUUACUCGUUCGGAGCAAGCACGGCAGACUUUAAACUUCCAGCUAAUGAUGAUGGGAGUUCCGGAGAAGUGCGAAUAUCCACUCCGUUUGCGUUCUUCGAUAAGAACUUCGAUUCUCUUUUCGUUAACACUAACGGAGCGGUAUCGUUCACAACCGAUAUCUCCCAAUACACGCCCGACCCAUUCCCCCUCGGCGCAAAUCGUCGUCUUUUGUCGCCUUUUUGGGCUGACGUCGACACCAGAAACGGCGGAGAGGUCUGGUACCGAGAAGAGACGGCCAAUCAAGCACUGCUAAACCGAGCUUCAGAUGACGUCAAGAUUGCGUUUCCAGGACAAAAGAGGUUUAUUGCUCAUUGGCUGUAUAUAGUAACGUGGGAUCACGUCGCAUUUUACGGUUCAACAGGGGUCAACCGGAACAAGACAAACACUUUUCAAGCAAUUUUGACCACUAACGGACGGCACUCAUUCGCCAUAUUUCAUUAUAAUGAAAUUGAAUGGACUACGGGGACGGCCAGUGGGGGGAAUGCUUCCGGACUGGGCGGUAAACCAGCACAGUGUGGUUUCAAUGCCGGUGAUAAUGUUCGCUUUUUCGCGAUUCCUGGCUCGCGGACCGCCCAGGUGCUUAACCUCGCGAACACCACAAACGUCGGUAGACCAGGGGUGUGGAUCUUCAGAGUGGACAGUGCUGAGGUCGAGGCCGGGGGGUGCAACACUGCAGGUUCCAUCGUGCCCACGCCCCCAUCCGCCCCAAUGCUCGGUGGGACGAAUAUUAUCCUGGCCGGUCCUUGCUACGAAAUGACGGAUAACAUCAUCUGCGAGUUCGCCAACAAGUACAGAACGCGUGGGGUCUACGUCAAUGAAAUGCGCGCUAUUUGCACUGCACCGCUGGUCAACAUGACCGGCCGAGUUCCCCUCAAGCUGUCUACAGAUGACGGGAAGACAUUUCCUUAUAAGGGCGUGUUUUCGUUUGUCUCCAUGGCUAGGACAGCGGCCCAAAUUACCCGGGAGAGCCCGGAAACUUGGAUAGAAGGGAGUGAGCUGGGGGUGACCUGGGACCCAGACCACCUUGCCGGGAAUUCUGCUCAAGGACCGACGGAGGGUAGUGAUCAGGACGUGGAGAUAAACCUCGUGAGGUAUACGAUGCACAAGGACCAGGUGUACCUUCACAGCACUUACAAGAUUAAGACCCAGAAAAACACGGGGGAGAGCUUGUUUGUUGUACCGGAAGGGCAGGGAGAUGGCACCAUGGAGACGAGGUUCGCGACGCUGGUCCAGGUCAAAAAGUCGCACGGCAGCCAAUCAAGCUCUACCCACCAGUGGAUCUGGAGCGAUCUGUUCACGUGGUCUUCCGAUAUCAACAGGGCCUCGACACGUUGCGGGUUGUGGUAUAACCGAGAGCCUGGAACCGAAACUCUCACUGAAUCCCUGUCCUUUCUACACUGUCCGGGGAACUUGCUCCAGGCCAUGGCGGACCGAGGUCGCUACAUGGAGGACGAACACUGCAAUCUGAAAAACGAGAGAGGAUGCGCCCUGCUCCACAGGGGGGCACAAACAUGCAUACGCUCCAUCUCCCCCAGCGACCAAGGCGCCGGCACACAGUGCUGCUAUAACAGUCAAGGCAACCUCAUGGUCGGACCACCAGGUGGAGGGAGCCUGGAUCGAGUCCACAUAGACACAGGCAUCCCGUACAUCAGCCACUUCUUCCAUGAUAUCAUACCGUACUGGGACUGCUGUAAAUACGCCACCGACACCGAGGAAACCUGUGCAGACUACUACAAGAAGAGACCUUCAGAUAACGGGAAGCAGUACGAGGCGCCGAGACCAGCUGUUGGUUUUGGAGAUCCUCAUCUCGUGACUCUAGAUGGUGUCGAGUACACGUUGAACGGGUUUGGCGAGUUCACAGUGCUUAAAGUCGACUCCCCACAGUUCACUCUUCAAGGAAGAAUGAAACCGCUGGUCAACAACGGGCACGCCACCAGGGCUACCCUGUUCACAGCGUUCGCAAUGCGGGAGAAUGGGUCCGACACAGUGCAGAUCCAGUUAAACGGCCGAGGUCUAGUUGAUGUGCUCGUCAAUGGAGAAAUCGUGGAACUUGAGGAACAAGGUGGGACGAUCGAAAUCCAAAAUGCAUGGGUCAUGAAAUAUCCGAACGUCUCCAAGUAUUCCGCCAUAUUCCGGUCCGGGAUUUCCGUGACGGUGCAAGGCUACACAGACCUUCUACAGAUGAUGUUACUUGUACCGCAAAAGUUCAAAGGUGACACUACAGGUUUGCUUGGCUUGUGGGACGAUGACAAAACCCGCGAGUUCCUGCUUCCUAAUGGUUCGUUUAUCGGCACGGAGUCCCCAGCAACCAAGAUUCACUCGGAGUUCGGCAUGAAGUGGCUGACGACGGCUAACGAGAGUCUCUUCACCUACGAGCGCGGCAAAAACCACAGCUCCCACGUGAACGUCUUGUACCGCCCUGUAUUUAUCGAGCGUGGUCAGAACGUUACGUUCAGUAACAGCGCACUAGAAAAACGGGCACAGGAUGCCUGUGGUGAUAACAUCCAAUGCUUGUAUGACGUCAGCGUGACUGGGAAAACGAGCAUCGGAAUGGCAUCCCGACAAGCUUUGCAGGAACUCAAGGAAACAGUCCAGGCCAUUGAGACAAAAGCUUGUGUUCCGAUAGACGCGUUCCCGGAUGGAACUAUGAAAAGAACAGACACCGAAAACGGGAUCAGCUACAAAUUCCAAUGCAACCAGGCCUUCAAGUUAGAGGGUAACCCAGAUAUCAGCUGCAAGGACGGCGAGUGGACUGGGCACAAACCAAAGUGUGUUAACAAAGGUCCUCUUCCCGUGUGGGCCGUCGCGCUUUUUGGCAUUGGCUGCGGAGUCCUGGUGAUAGCGAUUAUCGUCGCCGUCUACGCCAAGUGCAAGAAUUCUAAAAGGGCAAAUUCCAAAGCAAACCCGCAUCCGAUGGAAGUAGCUUACAAUAAAAACUCAUCUACGGACACGCUGGACCAAAAUGCCGUGCGUGCCGAGGUAGCUGCGAUGUCGUACACCAACGAGACUUACAUAACAGGAGUAAAGUCCUAAUCGGACGUGUAUACCAGCGUAUUUAGCGCUUUGAUUAUACAGCUUAGAGAUUAAUCAAGUGUGUGGCUGCAUCUAAUCAGUGGUUAAUCGUGUGUCAAGGCAAGGGAAGUCAUGUUUGAAACAAGGGAAGUCAUGUGUGAGGCAAGGGAAGUCAUGUGUGAGGCAAGGGAAAAGGGUCCUCCUUUUUCCACUAAACGCCCGGUCAAAGUAUUGCGGUGAGAAGACCGCUUUUCAAGACGACUAGUUUACUUGUCUUUUAAAGAUAACUUAUUUGUAUAUAUAUAUUGUCAAUUUGAAUAAACUAAUGAACUUCUCUUCUCUG